AAAUGAACAUAGUUCUUUGCAUAUAAGGCCUUCAUCUGUUUUUAAUUGAUGACAGGCGAAGCACUGCAAUGCUAUACGUGUGUAGGUACAAGUGAUGAAGAAUGUAACAGACAAGGUACUGAGCAAUGUCCAGGGAAUUCUGAUGCCUGCGCAAUCAUAAGAGGACAGUCAAGUAAGUGGUUGUAUAAUGGUAAUAAUAAAAACUGUUUCUGGUUAAUUUCAAGCAAUGGAAACUUCUGAUAAUUUUGCUAGCCAGAAAGGUGCAAAGGUGUGUGGGGGGGGGGAGGCCAUAACACAGAGAAAGCAGAAUCCAUUUGCAUUUUAUCUUUAACAUUAUUGAUAAAUUACAUUUCGGUCCACUUUUGUACUGAACUUUCAAAUAUCCAUAAAUACAGCAUUUAAAAUCCUUAAUUUUGAAGGGCCGUUUAAUCCAGAUAAUUUAAAUUUAUGGGAAUGUUGUCUGUAUUCUGUUCUUUUCCUUUAUCUUGUUAAAUACUGUGCUCUCAAUUAACUGUGAGUAAAUUUCAUGUCAUCAGAAGUCUUAACUAGAUUUUCUACUAUAAGGAGACAAAAGAUAAAUGUGCUAUAGUUGAAGGUCUGUAUUUCAUGUGGGUUUUAGCAGGUAUUGCAUAGAUGAUAAUAUAUCAAGUUACUUGAGAUGUUAACUAAUUUACCUGAUGUUACUUGAGAUGUUAACUAAUUUACCUGAAGAUUAAUAUAUCAAGUUACUUUGAUAUUAACUAAUUAAUUUGAAUAUAUCAAUCAAUAUUGACAAGAUACCAAUAUAUAGUAUGAAAGCAUAGAAUAUUUCCAAAAGUCUCAGUAAUAGUUGAAAUAAUCACAAGCACAUUUCAGAAGCUUCCUAAGGAACUAGAGCUAGCCUUUCAAUAAACAUCUUGCCCAAAUGACAUCCCUCUUGGCUGUUCCAAUGGAGAAGAGAAGCCUGCAGGAACUCUCCACACCCAAAGUCAGGGAGGUUCAGAUGGGGGAACUUAAAACUGUAGUUUCUGUCUAAUACACCUUUAAACUCAUGAACUUGGCGAGUAAUAUCUAUCAUUAAAAGGUCCUUGAUAAACACUUCAACAAUUGAGUUGCUUUGUUUCAGGUUAUGACAAAUUAAGAUAAGUAUUUGCUUUAUUUUCAUGUUUCUUUCCUGAUUAUAAUACCAACCAUGUGAACUUUCUGAACAUUCAUUUAUUGUCUCUUGAAUUUACUCUUAAAGUUCAGUUUCCCACUUACAUGUCAGCAUUCCCUUAACAAUGAGUUUCCAGAGACAAGACACUUGACCUUAGGCAAGGUUUGAGUUCUCUAUCUGAUCUAUUUUCUCUGAAGCCCAAAAAACAUUUCCAUCACAUGUUCAUCAUAUCAUAUUAGCAAGCAGUAUUAACAAUACAAACAAUACAACCAAGGUUGCUUUCUCUUAAGCUCCUUAAAGUUCUCUCUCUCCUCUUCUGGAGCUGAAAAUAAAGCAGGUGAACUAGUAUUUUGUCAUUGUCACCUUUUAUCAAUAUUUCUAUGAGAUAAAAGGCAGCAAUGAAGCAAAGAUUAAUAAUGAACUAUUUAGGUUUCAAGCCUAGAGUACCGUAGGAACAAGCAGAAACUUGGGAUUAGAACAUCAGUCUAUGUUCUUCUAACAUCCACAACAAUUUUUCUGGAUGUCAGCUAAAUAAAGGGAAGUCUCAGUACCUCUAAUAGGCAUGUAAAUUUGUAGCUACGCUUCUUGACUGACAAAUAAAAUAAAAUGUGUUUUAUAAAGCCAAAUCAAUGAAUAAUGUUCCUUAAAAUGGCAAUGCUUUCACCUAGGAUAAGCAGUUUGAAGAUGUGAGCCUAGAUGUUCCGAUUCAAGCUAAUAAGAUAAAGAAGCAGUUAAGCAUGGAUGGUGUAAUAUGUUCUGGAUUUGUCUCUGAAUCUAUUCUAGGUGGAAUUAUGAAGUCAUGUUCGUAUAGGUCAUUCUGUGAGAAAGCGCGGAGGGAAGGUUCACGGGCACCCGGAGUGAGCGUUCACUGCUGCUAUUCAAAUAAUUGCAAUGCCAAAGGCCUGGGCUCAAGACAUAUUCCCUCCUCCGGCUACUUCUCUUUACUUCUUUCUGCUCUCUUGUGGCACUUCUUUUUUUAACCCGGAACGGAAUUUGAACAGGAAUGGAAGGUGGAAAGGAAGCUAUUCAACCAGAGCUACAAUACUGUAUUUGAAGGAUUGGGAUCAGGAAACUCAAACAAGCACUCCUAUGACCAUAGGACAUGACAUUAAAAAAAAUAUCAGCAGCAGUUAAAGAUGUUGGUUGGAGUGGAGAGCACAGAAAAGCAGACAUAAAACCCUUUUAACAGUUAGGUUUCAAUCCUAUGUAUGUUCAGUCAUUGAGUAUUUCAAUGCUAUUGUUUUAACCAGAUGUGUUUCAACCAUAUUGUUGGUUUUAAUAUGAUUCUAUGUUGGGAUAAGGCCGGCAUCCCCAAACUGCGGCGCUCCAGAUGUUUUGGCCUAUAACUCCCAUGAUCCCUAGCUAACAGGACCAGUGGUCAGGGAUCAUGGGAAUUGUAGUCCAAAACAUCUGGAGGGCCGAAGUUUGGGGGUGCCUGGGAUAAUGCUAGAGCAGGUUUGGGGAGACUGGGAAAUGGCACUGUACCUAUGAUGCUCAGUAACAAACUCAUGAUAUUAAGCGGAAGAAGUACGGGAUUAGCACAGGAUUAAUAAUGGUUAAUGUGACAGUUUUCUGUUUUUAAUGAUGAAGGUGAACCACUUUGGGAAAGCUUGCCCUGAAAUGUAAUAUAAAAAUACUGGAAAUAGAUAAUCUAGUUAGAAGAGUUAGUUCUGUCCAUAAGAAACAUCCAUGAGCUGAAUCAGUGUGUAAACUGGGCUGGGCUGAUAAGACCAAUCUUUCACCAACAUUAUGUGCACCAUCAUUCCCCUCCUCACUUGUUAAUUCAGCAUGUGAGCAUUUCUCAUGAACUGGGCUUUAUUUGGCAUCAAUCCCACAAACAAGCAAAACAUAGCUGCCAACAGCAGCCUUGUAAUGUUGUAUGUGAAACUUUACUAUCUGACAAUGGUGAAGAGCCUCUGUGUGACUGUUACCCAGCAAUGUCAUGAAAUUUGCUUAUGGAACAAUAGAGUUUAGCAAUCCUCCUCCAGGAACUCUUUCUCAAGGAACUCUCCUAACCAUAGCGGUCAACUUUUACCUUUUCUCGCGAGGAAUCCUAUUCAGAAUAAGGGAAUUUCCCUUAAAAAGGGGGGAAAGUUGACAGCUAUGCUCCUAACAGGAACUCUUUGUGAUGAAUGGUUUAUUGGAGAGGAAAUGAACAAUCAAAACGAUUUGAAAAGAUACCUAAAGCCUGAUUUUAUAGUUAGUUGAUUAGCUUUGGUACCAUUCUGCAUACUUCACAGCAGAGCAGACUGUUGGAAAAUAAAGUCCUUAAAAUGGCCUUGUGGCAUUGGAUGGGUAUUACGGAAACAUGACGGGCAAAGGGAGUAGUACAGCUUUAUCUAGGAUGAUCCCUAGGGUAGAAACUGCAAAUCCAGAUUAAGCAAUGACACAGUUUCUGGUUACUAGGCUUCUUAGGUUGCAUUCCUAUACCUACCUACCUACCUACCUGGAGUAAGUCUUAUUAAAUCCAAUAGGACUUGCUUCUGAGUAGACAUAAGAAGAGCCUGUUGAAUCAGGCCAAUGGCCCACCUAGUCCAGCCUCCUGUUCUCACAGCAACCAAGCAGAUGCCUGACUCAAGCACAAGAUCACUCUCCCCUCCCUACUAGGGAAGAUCUAGCUCUAUGUAUGGAGUUGUGCUUGUGAACAGACCUACGAGUUACCUUGUGUGCCCCUAUGUUUAGCCCACAGCUAUCUAUUAUUAACGCUUUUGAUUGUUGACUCCUUUUGACAUGGUUUCAUUGUGUUGUGUGUAUUGGCCGUCCUGCUUCCCUUUGGGUAGAGUUCUACAUAAAGGCACAUCUGUACUGAAGCGUUAACUUUAUGCCUAUGUAUAUUGUUGUUUAUGGUGGAAAUAAAUGUGUUCUCUAAAUAGAAAAGCAAUGCAGCUGUACAGUUUCUGACCUGGAAAUGCUAAUAAUUGCAUGGAUUCUGCUAUCUAGUGUACUCCUAAACCAAACUGCCCUGGAGACCUAACCCUCUAGUCAUAAUGUAUUUUCUAAUUUUAUUUACACAAAUAUUUAUAGACCACCCACAGAUAUAAGAUAUCAAGCCAAGGUACAACAGAAUAUGCUGUUCAACAAAACAUAAAAUACUCAUUAAAAUGACAGACUCGUCUUUUAAAAGUUUAAUCAACUGAGGAGGUCUGUCAGCCUAAGAGAUGCCUGGAAAUUUUAGGAUGCUUGCUGAAUCUCCGAUGGAAGAGUAUCAGAGUUGUUUGGCUAAGAAAAAUCCCAACCUCCACCACCCAACCUCAGAUUCUUAGAAGGUGCCCUUUGCAAAAGUAAGGAACCUUCCAGAGGAAGGUAAUCUUCUGUUGUCUCAGGUGAGCCUCCACAGUGCAAGGCAAAAUUCCUGUGAAAAUCGGCUGUCUUGGGCCACUCAGAUAGCAGUCAUUGGUCAAUAUAAUAGGUUUCUGGGAACAGUAGCCAAUUUGACUAGAGCUGGUACUCCAAGGUGAUGAACUUGUUCCAACAAAGGUCAGAGCUAGAAGGGACUGAAUUUUCUCUGUAAGAAGUGCCCCAUGCUCUGAAAGAGGUACUCUGGCAAGUAGGAGUAGGAGACUGUGGUCCCUGGGGCAGACAUCUAAGGAGGCUUGGAUGGCUGCUUAGAUGCACAUGCUUGCUGGGUCUAGGAUUUAAGUCGGGAGAUGCCACACUGUCCUGAACCCCUGGUCCACCUGGCAGCAAGUCAGUAUGUCAAGUCCCCAGUUCAGGGUCAAUCCACUUGCCCAAAGUCCUGCAGAUAUCCUGGUGCAUCCAAGCUGAGUUCCAUCAACAUGGACAGUUGAGUAGACACAGCACCUCAGCUCUGCUGCCCUUUUAUACUUUGCAUGCUGAUUGCAGCAUCUGGGCUUCAUGAGACAUGUGACCCUCACCUGUUCUGAGUGUACUCCAGCUGAGGAAUCACACACCUUCUGCCAGAGCUAGCAAGCCCCACUUGGCCAGCUAGGGAGCUGGGCUGAGGGACCUUGCCUGCCUCAGCCUCCUGGAGUGCCCUGCCCGCUGCUCCCUACACCUCAGAGCCCACUGUGUUCAUGGAGACAGGCCCCCCUCGCUGGCUUUCGUGAUGGGUCCUGCUGUUCUUUCCUGUGCACUGACCCCCACCCCCUCCGUCACCCCGUGAGUACUUCCUACAUCAACUUCUCCUUCCCCAAUCUCCAGCUUGCCCCAGUGUGUUCCACACCAUUCGCUGGGAUCGUCUUCCUCCUCCCCUGCCAGUUCAUGGCAACAUACUUCCCUCUGUGAGGUAUUUCUUUGUAGACACUUUGCCCUAGUUUUGAUCCAGAAAUGAAGAUAUCCUAGGGCCGUAUUGUGAUGCCACAGUCAUAAUGAGAUGACAUAACAAUGUUCUGUAUGUAUGCAGACAUCGCCACUUGUUGCUGCUUUUGAGGGCCAGAAGUCAUGGUUUUUCUAGGAGAAAGGUGGAGGGGAUAUGCGAAGGAAUUUAUAAGCCUUCUUUCAGCAGCCCUUAAUCCUCUCUCACUGAGCCUUGACAGGAAUCCAGAGCAGCAUUCCUGAACAUGGCCACAAAAAUGGCUCGCUACAAGCGUCUCCAUGGGAAAGCCCGACAUUCCCUGGAAUUGCUUCAGCUAACUUCUUUUGUUCCUGAAACACCUGCUUUAGAUAAUACAGAACACCUUUACCUGCUCUCAGCUCCCUAUGUGUCUCUGGGAGGACUCUCGCCAAAUGAGAAGGAGAUAGCUAAGGUUGCAGGACCUUUGAAAAAUCGUUCUUUCCGCAAGCAAGCCGGGCUCACCAAUCGCUGGCAAUUUCCAUUCAGCCCAAGUUGUGACCUCCUUGGAAUUUCACAAGUGAAUAAGGCCACCCGGGUUGGUCUCAAUGAGACUUUGAUGAGAAUGCUAUCAGGUAUGGUCAUAAUUGAGAACAUUGACUCUGACACGCCCAUCUCUCGGGGUGCAGAACGACAGGACCGGAAGGAAAAUGGAGACUUUCAGAAUGCGUAUGAUUUGAAGCAUUUCCCAAGCACUCCAAAGCACAAGCAUAGAUCCAGGGUUUCAUCCCAGCACAGAACUCCAAAUGAGAGCCUGUUUUCUUACACGCAAAAGAUCACAGAAGGCAUGGAGGCAGAUGUAACCCUGGAGUGCUUGGGCUUCCAAUGGGAACUUCAUCGCAUGUACUUCUUCAAAUCUCAGGUCCUCUCACAGCUUCUUGCUGAGACUGUUCAGAAAUGCGACUUACAAAUAACAGAAAGCAAGCCCCAAGUCGAAAAAGAAACCAGAUGUUAUAAGCAGCGUCUCUUUAAUGGUCGCAAAAACAAAGAACUCCUCAAACAGAAGCAAGCAAUGCCUAGAGUCACAAUUGCAUUGGAGGUUAAUGAUCCAGACGUCACUCGAUUUGCCUUUUCUGUUGCGCUGAAGAAUUUAUACAACUCUGAACUCCAAGUGAAUGAAGAAGAUGUUCUGGGAGUCCUGGCUGCUGCAGAGGUAUUACAGUUCCCUAGCCUGUUCCAGAAGUGUGUGCAGCUUAUGAGAGGAAACAUUUGCCCAGCCAGUGUCUGCAGCUAUUAUUCUGCAGGCUGCAAGUACCAGCAGCCCACCUUGAUCACCGAAUGUGAAAGAUGGAUAGAGGUGAACCUUGUCCCGCAGCUUGGCUCUCAGAUUCACCUGCGGCAGCUGCCCCUGGAACUACUGCAGAAAGUGAUUAGAUCUUCAAGGUUAUUUACUUUCAAUGAAUUUCAUCUCCUGCGAACUGCACUAUGCUGGGUCUUCCUACAACAAAACCCCAAAAUUCAGAUAAUUCCAUCUUAUGAUACCGUCCUCACAUAUUUUAGCAGCUUGCCCAAGAUAUGUGCCUUCCUGGAAAGGGAAGUAGGACAGCGAUACAUAGCUAUUUUUCAGUCCCUCCGUUUACAUGGCAUCACUUCAAGUAAGCACUUGGAGGAACUCUGGGAAAUUAACUUCCUUCCUCUGCCGUGGUUGACGAGGAUCUUGUCUGAUCAUUACCAUGCACUAGAGAAUGGUGGUGACAUGGUAUUUCAGAGAGACUUUAACACUCAGGCAGUGAGAUUUGGUCUGGUGCUUACACAGGAGCCAAGGUACCAUUCAGAAAUAAUUUCCAUUUAUGGAUUCUUCUUUGAGAUAAAAGCAAUAAAACAUGAUGCUUCAGCCUACAGUUUUUACAUGCAGAGAGUCAAACAUGCAGAUCCAAUUAUAUCUUUUUUUACUGCCGAGCGGAGUCCUGUCAGUUUAAAGGAGACACGUGAAGUUAAGUAUGAAAUCAAAGCACAGUGUCAGAUAGAUGGGAAAUGGGAAGAGUUCACUACGGAGAGACUUACUCAAAGGUUUGGAGUUAAGAAGCCCAGCUGUAAAAGCGUGGUUUUGAAAGCAUGCAUACCAUCGGUUCCAAUCUAUGUGACCUUUUCUCUUCUUUUCCCAACAUCGUAAGAGACAGCAAGCACUCUCUGGGCAGCUCUGCUGAAGGACUCAUUUUGACACCUAGCAUAUGUGUAGGAGUGUUAAUAUCAUACAUCUAAAGGCCUGCACUGGUCAGGCAGGUGAUCACAUUUCCCAGAACAGGAGAAUAAACUGCACCCAUCCCUCAUGCUCAGCUCAUUUAGACGUUAAUCCCUAUUUGCAUUGUACUCUUGUUUCCUGUGGCAAAUGCUGCAAAUAGAUUGCAAUUGCUUAGGUGUAGCUUCAAAUUACCAAUCUGGUGCCCCUAGCAAAUGAAGGGCAUGAACCGUUCCUCCCACAUGGAUGUAAACAGCCAUGUGCACGGCAUUUUAGAGAGCUUUCUUUUUCCACUGUCCCCAGCUGGCCUUCAGCCAGGUGCACUACAGCACAUCUAGUCAUGAUCAAUUUCAGGAAGCCAUUAAUGUUGCUCACAUAAAAAUGUCAGGUAACCCCACCUAGUCUAGCCCCCAUCCCAUUGCACAGGCUACUGUACAAAUAAAAGCAAGAACCACCUCCAUACCAGGAAACUGGAGAUCAAGCACCCCAAACAAUCCUAGUUUAUACUUAAAUUCUUCUGCCAGAAUCACCAACAUUGUCUAAAUCCUGAGGCAUAAUCUAAAUGUAAGGCCUUAUAGCUUUGCUCUUGCCCUAUCUCAAAUUGCCUGUAGAGCCCCACCAGAUAGGUGUUUUAUUGUGAUCUGCAAUAUGUUCUUGAGAACAGUAACAGUGCAAUAGUGGUGUAAGUAUUCUGCUUUAGUUCUGUUAUGCUUCUCCAGUUCUACCACAUUUUCACUGUCCAAAGGGGUUGAAUGAAGAGCAACAAAAGCAGGACAGGAACAAACCAGAACAUUGGUGUGCUAUAAAAAGUUUGAGGAUUUCAGCAGGACGUUAUGAGAUGUGCACUGAUUGGAAAUGAAGCAGUGUGACUGCCUCAAAACAUUUGCAAGUACAAACAGUGUGGAAGGUAGGGUUGCAUAUAGCUGCCCCAAUAGCAUCAGGAGCAUUAAUUAUCUUGAAUGCACAAGAAAAGGGAUUUCUGGAGGGACCUUUAGUUAUUUCGGUAACGGAAAGGGGAGGCAAGGAGAGCCUGUUUAUGCCCAGCCUUGCCAGUUGCCAGUUGUAACCCGAACCACACUCCUUAUUAAACCCGACAACUCCCAGGUGAGGUGAAUUCUGGGAGGUCAAAGCAACUGCUUCCAAAGGGACUUGGAGACACCACACCCUGCACUUCUCAGCUAAAUCCCUCUCUAUUUAUCAGAAACAACAGGCCUAGCACCCAGGUGCCUUCCCCACCCUGCAAUUCAACACAGCCUGUUGUUUCUCCUUGAAAUCCCACUCUUUCACCCACAUAGUAUGCUUCCAGUGGCUAGGCACAUGGGAGAUCACAGGAAUGCUCGGCAUAAACAUACUUCAGACCCCAACAGUCAAAUUGCAUGAAGUUUUAUUAAGAAUAAAACAGGAAGAGAGGAGGACAAAUGAACAAAACAUGAUGAGGAAAAUAAAAGGAGCCUGUUGGGUCAAGGUUAUCCAACCUAACUUUGCUACUUACAAGCAGGCUUCUGGUUUUCUCAUGAACAAUGUUCCCUUUAUUUUUGGUUUCUUAAUGUAGUGUUCUGCUUCUUCCCUUUGUCCUCCUGCUUUUUAAAAUUCUAAAUAAACUUCUUACCAUUGGCUGUGGGGUUCAUGCAUGUAUUUCUUCCAGACUCUCCCCACGGGAGAGAACCUGAUGUUCCCCAUAAGAUCUCCCACCCACUACCUUUACUUGAACUGGAUGGGUGGGUGAUUAGGGUGGCUACCUGCCCUGCUGCUUCCUGAUGUCGUUGGACUACAACUUCCAACUUUGCUGGUCAAGGGCUGAUGGGAGUUGGAGCCCAAUCACCUCUUGAAGGCACCAUGUGUGCUACCCCUGAAAUAAAGGAAUGUCCCUUAAAAGCCCUUCAAACAGAGGACUAUCCUCUGUCAUAUGUGAAAGGCAGCAUGUGAAAGUCUGGCAACACAUCUCCUUGCCUUCGUUUGGUUGUACGGCGUGGCCAAAUUGGUUCCUUAUAUUUUCAUAGCUGUGAAAGUUUUCCUGAAAGCUGCUUUAACCAGUCAUCUUGUCAAUGACUGUCAAGGUCAUUUUUGCAGGUGGCAUCCACCCUCUUGUUUUCUGCCACCCCACAUGGCAUGUGUGCCUGCUUUUAACAUGUCACUGCUGAUACAAACCAUGACAUAGUGGCGGGAUUUAUCUAGCCUGGGAGACUGAGAGGGAGAUAUGACAACCAUCUUCAAAUAUCUAAAGGGCUGCCACAUGGAAUAUGGAGCAAGCUUGAUUUCUCCUGCUCUGGAGGGCAGGACCCAAAUUCAAUGGCUUCUAGACUAAAACACCAGGAAGAUCUUUCUGGCAAAAUAAAUAAAAAAAUGCCCAGUUCACCUUAGAGACCUAAGGAGCUACUGGACAACUUUUUUUAUUUAUUUCGACUAUGUCAGACCAACAUGGCUACCUACAUGUAUCUAGAACAUUCUGGCAGUAAGAGCUGUUCAACAGUGGAACAGACUCACACGAGAGUAUGUUCUUCAUGGGAUAUUUUUCAGCACACAAGUUGGAAGGCCAUCUGUCAUGUAGAUUCCUGCAUUGCAAAGGUUGGACUAGAGGACCCUUCCAACUCCUCAGUUCUAUGAUUUUAUUUUUCUGCCUUGUAAGCUUGAGUUUGCCUUCCUGUGCUUCUGUGGAGUUGUUACAGAAAAAUACAGAAGAUUGUAGUUGGUGCUUACUCAUGACCCAGCUGAAUAAAGCAUACUUUGUUGUAAAAUAUCAAAGUGUUCCUGGCCCAUUAGAUAAGAGUGGCAACCUCAGUUUGGAAGCUAAUGUGCAGGAAGACUGAGUAAAUCACACUAUUUCAUUUGGAGAUCCGUAGCUAAUGGCCAAUUAAUACAAUCCCUUAUAUGCGGUCAGUUGUGAGGACAGAGCACAGUUGCCUAUGAGCCUAAAAUAAGUGCAACGGCAGUAAAAUGGUUGUCCUACUGUUUAAAUG